UCUUCCCAUGAACACUCCAAAGACUUGUGUUUCAGGUAAACUGCAAUAUGUGUGCAUACUGUAGUGCGGUGUAAAUAGCACUGUAAGUGACUUCGGUCAAAGGUGUCAGGUAAAUGCCAGUUAACCAGAAUAAUUAUACAUUGCUUAGGAGAAAACUGUCUGCUGAAUGAGUACUUGUACAUGGGUAUCAUAGUGAGGACUUACUGCAAGAGGAGGAGAUUAAGGAGGAGAGCAGGUAAGUUUGGGGCAGGGCUGUCAGCUGAAGUUCUUUAUAAACAAAAGCCGAAGAAACGGGGUUAAUAUUCUACACUAUCCGUGACAAGGCUGUUAGAAAAGGAGAGAGAGAAGACUGAGUUGAGUUGACGAUUCUUUCAUUAAUCAUAUGCAGUCCAUUUAAUUCAGACUAAAAAAAGUCGCGAGCCCCGAUACUUCUGUUGGACCGCAGACAGCGCGCGGUCCGCACGUGGGACACCAUGAGUCGCUGGCGCACAGACUGCAUCGAGAAGCCCCUGUCCAGGCUGCUGAUGGCACUCGGCCGCGCCGUGGGCUCUCACCCCUGGCCUUUCUUCAUCCUCCCCAUGCUCAUCUCGGCAGCGCUCGGAGGGGGAUUCUACUUCCUCAAAGACAACGAGACGAACGACACCGAGGAGCAGUUCACGCCGGUCCACGGACCCGCGAAGCUCGAGAGGACUUUUGUGAAGCAGAACUUCCCCCUCGACGCGUCCGCCUUCUCCGCGCAGAGACUCUACAGCGAAGGGACGUUCGCAUCUCUCAUCGUCUCGCCGGUUCCUCCGGGCAACAACAUCCUGAGCGAAGAGGCGUUCGCGCAGAUCGUCGGCCUGGACGCGCUGGUGCGCAACCUGUCUGUGCGCGACGGGGGGCGCGAUGUCACCUUUGCCGAGGUGUGUGCGAAGGCGCGCGGACAGUGCGUGCAGAACGAGAUCCUGGAGAUGAUCGACUGGGACCCCGCGCAAAUAGAAAGGAGCCCCGUCGCGUUUCCCCAGCACAUGGUGCAGGGACGCGGCCUGGUUUUCCUGGGAAACUCGCUUGGUGGCGUGACGGUGAACGAGAGCGGCUUCGUCCAGAGAGCCGAGGCGCUGCGACUUUAUUACUUCCUCGAGGAGAACAGUGAGAUGCAGAUCAUGGAAACGUCCUUAUGGCUCGACGAGUUUCUUGAGGUCCUUCUCAGGCUGGACCUGAAAACAAUGAAGAUCUCUUGUUUUACAUCAAAAUCACUGGAAGAAGAGCUUGAAGCAAACAGCAAAGAAGUGAUCCCGUUAUUUUCAGUGACUUAUUUUCUUGCUAUUGGCUUCUCAAUUAUAUCUUGCCUAAGGCUGAACAAUGUGCGGAACAAGGCGUGGGUAGCCACCGUUGGAGUUAUUACUGCUGGACUGGCUGUGCUGUCCAGCUUUGGGAUGCUGCUGUACAUCGGUGUUCCUUUCCCCAUGAUAGCCGCUAAUACUCCAUUCCUGAUACUCGGAAUUGGGGUUGAUGACAUGUUCAUCAUGAUGUCUAGCUGGCAAAAAACUAAGGUCCAUGAUGAGGUCAAGGAUCGUAUGGCACACACCUACAAAGAAGCAGCCAUUUCCAUCACCAUAACUACACUGACUGAUGCCCUAGCUUUUUAUGUUGGUAUUUCGACUCCAUUCCCUUCUGUUAAGUCCUUUUGCUUGUACACUGGUACAGCUGUUGUGUUCUGCUACAUUUACAAUAUCACAUUUUUUGGUGCAUUUUUGGCCCUGAAUGGAAGAAGGGAACACAGUAACAGACACUGGCUGACCUGCAGGAAGGUUCCAGUAGAAUCAUCACCAGAAAAAUCUGCUAUUUAUAGUAUCUGCUGUACUGGGGGCACUUAUGAUAGAAACACUGGGACAGAAGAAAUUCAACCAGUUAAUAAUUUCUUCCUGAAAUAUUAUGGCCCAUUUCUGACAAAGCCAUGGACAGUUUUCUUUGUGGUUCUCCUGUAUGCAGGGUAUUUGUCUGUAAGUAUUUACGGAUGUUUCCAGAUUAAGGAAGGAUUAGAGCUGAGAAAUUUAGCACCAGAUGAUUCUUAUGUUGUUAACUAUUAUAACGAUGAUAAAGAGUACUUCACAGAAUACGGCCCAAAUGUCAUGAUAGUUGUAACAGAUGAAUUUCCAUACUGGAAUAACACGGCAAGAGUAAGUCUUGCCAGGAGUUUAGAAAAGUUUCUGAACCUACCAUUCGUUGAUAAAAGUUUGUUUUUGUCUUGGCUGGAUAAUUAUGAAAUGUAUGCAAAUUUGACUUUGUUAGAUAUAAGUGAUGAAACUAAGUUCAAAGCAAACCUAUCUCACUUUCUUGAGUUAAAUUACUUCAAACAAGAUGUCAAUAUCACUAAUAAUGAGAUUUAUGCUUCCCGCUUCUUUAUACAAACAGUAAACAUAACUAACGCUGCUGAUGAAGAAAACAUGUUGAAUAAGCUACGAGACACUGCUAAGGAAGCUUCAGUUGAUGGUCUUAACUUUCUGGUUUACCAUCCUGCAUUUAUUUACUUGGACCAGUUUGCUGUUGUUGUGGACAACACCAUUCAGAACAUCCUUCUGGCCACAGGAGCCAUACUGGUGGUGUCCUUCUUGUUGAUACCAAAUCCCCUCUGCUCCCUCUGGGUGACGUUUUCCAUUGCAUCUGUCAUUGUGGGUGUGGCUGGAUUCAUGGCACUGUGGGAUGUUAACUUAGACGUAAUUUCCAUGAUCAUUCUGGUCGUCUGUAUCGGCUUUUCAGUGGACUUCUCAGCUCACAUUUCUUAUGCUUUUGUUUCCAGCAACAAGUCAAGUGCAAAUGAAAAGGCUGUAGAAGCCCUGUGUACCCUUGGGUACCCUAUUGUCCAAGGGGCUCUUUCUACUAUACUGGGAGUAGCUGUUUUGUCUGCAUCAAAAAGUUACAUUUUUCGGACAUUCUCCAAGAUCAUGUUCUUGGUUAUCUUAUUUGGUGCAAUUCAUGGAAUUAUUUUCCUUCCGGUUUUCAUGACUUUACAUGGUAUUUGCAAAUGUUUGUGGAAUAUAUUCAAUAAAGAAAAUUUAAGCAUUAGUGAGCCAGUGGUGCUAAGCAAUUUUAGCGCUUUGAAUGCUGAAAACACCAGGACAUCUUAAAAAUAUGAGGCUUUCUACCAUCAGUGGUGGCGUGAAAUUUUUAAUAUUAAUCAAUGUUUGACAAAACCAAACAUCAUAGAGAAGUAAAAAUAUAUGUGAUCUCGAUUAUUGCUAACAGUAAAUUCUUAAUGUGUCCCUAUAUUAGGUGUUCUUCACCUGAGGUAGAUGGACUCCUUAGGGAUUUAUGAUUUGGGUUCCAUGGGUCCCAGAAGCGCGGGGGUGCGGUGGUG